GCAAGGUCCGAUGGCUCCGGUACCUCAACCAAAUAUGGUAGCCGCAGGAAUGAGCCCCCAUUCAACAGCAGGAUUUGUCCCGCACCCAAAUUUCCCUGGUGUCCAGUCUUUCCCAGGCCAGAUUUAUACCAAUUCACAAUAUCCAAUGAUGGGAAUGCCUCCAUUUAUGGGACAACAGAUGUACGGGCUCCAGAUGGCAGGAGGAGGAACAUUUUAUCCUCCACAAGCUGCCAUGGUACAACAACAACAACAGCACUCGCAGCAACAACAGCAACAACAGCCAUCCCAGGGAGAACCGCAACAACAGCAGACAAGACGCCGCCCAAAUGCUGCCAUACCCAUCAAACCCCCGCAAGAAAGAACCUGAACUGUCGUCAACAACACCCUUACUGCGCAAUUAAAUGAAAGUACGGCUCCAAGCCGUGCGUGGAUGGAGAAGGAAAAAUUAGAUCAAGUUAUGAGUCCAGAUGUUCUAAAAGGAGGAAAAGAACAAAUCUUGCUCGAAAAGGGUUCUUUAUUGAUGUUAGACCAUGUACCCAGAUGUGUAAACGAUGAUUUUUUUCCGUUGAAAGGAGAUGCAGACGUAAUAGUGGGUCUUGCAUCACGUAAUGUCUUUUUACACCGCAGAACUACCCAGACAGUUGCCGCAAAUGUUUUUCAGGCUUCGAGAAAUAGUUUUAAAAUGAUCAGGUGAUGUGUUAACCCGUCUCACUCUGAAAAAAAAUGGCAUUUUUUCUGACACAUGUCUCGGUUUGUGCUGGGCAAAAAUUUUAGUUCAAAUUUUUCUAGAAAGGUAUUUGUAAUUUUAACACGUACUCUUUAACCCACUAUCGUCGUUGUUCGGUUAGGUUUAUUUUAAAUUUUACGGCAAUUGGGUACUUUACUAAUGUAAAGGUGGCGGGGCAGGGUGUGUGGGGAAAGUAGGGACUCAAAACGAAAUUUUGCGGCUCAGACCCGUCUCACGGUAGGUGAGGAAACUGUUGAACGCGCUGGUUCGGAAAAAUGAUCACUCUCGCGAUCUUCCUUGGUUUAUUGAUACAUCUUUCGUCUUUAUUAAAAAAUGGCUCUAUGUUUCGUCGUGAAUCGGUACAGCACGCUCAGUUGGACAUUCUGGGAAAGUUGAGUAGGCGUAUGUGUUUGGUUUGAGAAUCCCAACCCCAGGGGUAUGUGCAUGGUUUGAGACUCCCACUCCCUCUCUCACGUUCCAAUACGCUCUGUCGCCUCGGAAAGAUGAAGACCUAAUAAGCAUAUUGUAAAUUGUAGUAAAUAUCCUCUCCGGCCUUAACACUGACUUAACAACGUAAAAUUGCAUCGUACUUUGUGGGUGCCGUGCCUUGAAUUGUUCAUAUUACUAUUAAGCUCUAAUUAUAAUAUAUUUCACCCAAGCGAAUGUUAUUCACCUUCAGCAUCAUCCUAAGGAGAUAUCUAUGAGUGACCCAGAGAGAAUUUCUCCUUACAAUAGCAUACAUCAUGAAGCAUAGAAGUGGUGAGAAUAAAGAAAAGUAUCAGGUUGGGGAUUAUUAGUUGAUCCAAUACCAAAUUCUCCAAAUUGACGUCAUAAGAAUUGUAUGGUAGACAGUAAGGAGAAUUCGUAAUGAGAUCUUAGGAGUUAAAUGGUUUAAAGAAGCAUUUACAAUAUCAAGUUGUCUCAGGCAUUUUUCCUUGGCGAAGUAGAUGAAAAAAAUUUUACACAGUUUGGCAAAUUUUCUCGGUCAAAAACUUACUCGCAAGGGUUUUACCUCGCAGAUUUGUUAGCAAAAUGCUGUUUUCAAACACGAUUUUUUAAAAUCCAGAUGACUAAACAUAAGCACUUUAUGAACAUCAAAACUAUACCCAGCAAGGGUUACUUUCUUCAAAGAUUUUCUUUGCUAAUUUAUACGACGAACAAUCUUGCUGUAAGUAACCUGCUGGAGCUAAUGAGACUAAUAUGAAUUUAAUUCAUUAUUUGAUUAAGUGAAGUUUAGUUCUAUCUUUUCAAAGACCAACAUGACAUUCCUCAAGGUUCCUUUUAAUAACUAGAAAAUUUGUGUUAGAUUGGUGAUGAUUGUGCUCUUAUUUGUUAUUGGUGUUACGUUAAGCUUUUACUUGUAAUAAAAUAGUCUGAACACGAA